GAUGACAACGCUGGUAAAGAUAUGGUGGAUCUGUCUGCAAAUGCUCAAUCUGGUGAAAAUAACACUGCGUCAGAUAUACUAGUAGCUUCAAAGAGUACCGAAGUACCACAGCUGCCGCCGGCUUUUGAUGAACAUCCAAGACUGCAACUAUCAGGGCAUUCACUUGCUACGGCCUGUAAGAAAAAACAAAAAAGAACCAAGGCGGACCGUGCUCCAAAACCACCCAAAAUGAGUAAAAAGGACAAGAAAAAGGUACCCGUUGCCAGGGACAGGGAAUUUGGCGCCGAGGGUGCAGUCACAGGUGAAAUCAGGGAAGUACCAGCACGCGGGAAAUCGAGUAUGCCAUUACCAUUGAAUAAAAUAGGAAAAAAGUCAAAUGAAAUAGCUGCAGGUGCGUUGAUAGAACGAAGAACUGAGAACAUGGAGCAUGCAAAUCUUCCAAAAUUCGAUGGUAAUAGCAGCGGAAAAGAGAUAACAGCGCUGGAAAAUACUUCUUCAACCAAUGUUCCUGAGCAGUUAGAAGACAGAUCGCAACGGGAAGUGACGACGGCGUCGAACAGUGAUCCUCGUGUUUCGGAUUUGAGCGAGGGGAGGAUCUCAGAUUCGUCAUCGUUUUGUACUAAUGCGAAGAGGAGGCGAAUUGAAUCUCGAAAUAACAGAUUUGCAACUGGCGCAAAUGCAGUUCAGCCCGUGGAUGCAGCUCAGUUUGGUCAAAAACAUUCCGCUUCAGCGAGGAACAACAGGCCCGUGGAAGCACGUCUAACUGAUGCGGAUGCGUCAGAAUCACGUUCCAGAAACAGUUCAUCCAAUUCAAAGCAUAUCUACUUCGAUAAUGUUGCUGAAACUCGUUUGCCUCCGCGGGAAUCAAGUCAGAGGAGAUCGGACGAGAAUCGCACAUCCGAUGGGUGGACUCACGAAACUGACAGCCAGAGGCAUGGAACUGAUGUUGCAGAUGAUAGCGCUUUAAGGAAGAAGCCACGGUUGCCGUGGCAUAAAAGAACACCGGAGAAUAAUAUCAGGGCUUCGGAAGUGAAUUUUUCAUUUAAGAUUCCGAAACCCGGUGACGAACAGAACAAACCACCCAACGCUCCGCAAAAAUCGCGAACACUUGUGUGUCGUUUAUGCUCUCAGGAAGUAGCAGAAGAUUAUGUGGAUCGUCGGCAGCAUGUUAUAGGGAAACAUUUAAAGUGCGAUUUUGAUGAGAGAAUCAGAGAGACACUGUCGUCCGAAAUACGGCGAUGCUUCCCGGGCUGCUUGGUUUACUGUGACGAACAGGUAAACUGA